UCAUAAUAGUUGACGGGAAAUCUCGCCUUUCGCGAGAUAUAUACAAAGCAGCAGAGUUGCAGAAUAUUUGUUUGCCGCCUGACAAUGUGACAGGAUGUCCCAGGGAGGUUGUUACUGCUGCGAUCCUGUGUCAACAGGGAUGGAUGUAGAUAGUGCACUGCAUGAGCUGGGAAUGAUCAGCUCUGUAACAAACAGUAGAAGGGAAUACUUACGUGAACGAAACAGGACUUGUGUAAAAGAAUCACCUAGUCCUCGCUUCAGAAUUUUACGCAUAGAUCCAAUGUAUGUGACAGGGUUUAGUUCCAGUGUAUCCACUGAUCCUGGCUCAUCAUACAAACAAGAUCAAGAUUCUAGUCUCCAACUUCUGACACAUUCUCAGUCAACAAGUGGACAUUCCCAACCAACACCAGGGCUUUCCCAACCAACAAUAGGACAUUCCCAACCAAUAGGCUCAACAGAAUUUGGAACGAGUUAUAGGAAUCCUGAGGAAGAGGCACAUGUACGAAGGAAUAUGAAGUGUAGGAUGACACGCAUGUCCAGACUUCGUGCUGGUCGCUAUCAAAGGUUUCGUAAGCCUUACGAGGUUCCGUGGAGAAUUAACCAAUCUCUUCCCGAGACAGAGAUCAGGCAAAGUGAGAACGAGUUUUCACAGUCAAAGUCCAACUCUUCCUCACCAGUUAAAGCUUUGUCUGAAACUUCAUUGACAAGGUCAAGGUCACUUGGUAACCUUGACCUUGCAAAAUUAAGUUUGAACGAUUUUCUAGAGAAGAAAGUUUCCACAACUGAGAGAGAGGAAAUGGAGAGGGUUUCCAGUCACCUAGAGAAUCUGCAUGUCACAGAGAAUUCAUGACAAAGGAUGUGUUUAGAUAUUAAUAGCUACAAAUUGUUACUGUUAAUAUUUAUGUUGAGUCAGUAUGAAAGAAUUUAGUAUUUAUUGUGAGAGGAUAGUUAUUGUGAGUGAAAUGAGAAGUAAUUUAAUUAUUUAUAACUGAUAUAAAAUCUGCAUGUAUACUAAAGGUGUAAUCCAGAAAUAACUUUUUCUGGGGGCCAAAUUGCAAACUAAUGUGAAUACUGGAACGGAAUGAAGUAAAAAUAUAACUGCAUAUACAUGUACUAGCCUUAAAAACCAACUUUAAAUGUUUGUUAUGCAUCUUUAUUGUAAUUGGGGGAAGGGGGGGUGGCUUAAUAUUUACUGAGUGAAUUGAGCACUAAUUGUUUGAAUUUUUACUAUUCCAAAAUGAGGGGAACAAAUUGAAUCACGUACAUAUUUAGAUAGAAUUUGAAUUGCGCACUUGCAUGAUAUAUAAAAAGCUUUGUUGAUAAAUGUCAUGAUUGUUACCCAGUGAGAUUUCCAGGUUUAUCUGACAAAGAUGUAUGAUCAUUUCAAUAUUACACAUGAUUGUACUGAAUUUAUUGAAUAUAAAAUAUGCAAUGCACAUUUGAUACAGUGCACCAAUAUACAUUAUUUUAAGGUCAGACGACACAUUCCUCCAAAAUAUAUAUUUUUUCCAAAGAAUUUGUCAUUGAAGUAUAGGUACUGAAACAAGUUUCCUCACAAAAAAUUAGGGUACCUUACCAGGCAUUUAACCAAGAUACCAUAGGGUCAUAUUUCUUACAUUAUCCUUAUGGGUAAUCUUCUAAAUGGCAUAUAUAGCACAACUUUUGGUGUACUUAUAUUUAAAAACAUUUUGAAAACAAUAUAGAAAUCAGAAGAGAAUGACAAAUAUAAAUACGAUUAGUAUUUUUUAUAUAAUACCAAGAGAUACAAAACAUAUAUUUGAGGAACGUGUCGUCUGACCUUAAAAAGUGUUGUUAAUCUUAUUAAAUUAAGACUGUUUUGAUUCGUGCUGUAUACACUCUGCAUACAAAAGUAUGUGGCAUGUAUCUUUGAGACCUUUUAUAUUCAAAACUUUUUAAUACUGUGAACUGAGUCCUUUUUUUCUAACAAUAAAUUUGCACAGAUGAGCAAUGUGGCCCAUAAGCCUCUUGCUAAAAUAAUUGAUGCAAAAUUAAAAUUCAUAAAAUCCUAUAAAAUGUCUGAUAAUAAGAUAAGUAAUUUUUUUCACAUUCAUCGUAUAAUUUGUCAAAAAAGAUAAAAUAAUAUUAAUGCAAAAACAAAUUGAUUUUAGUUAUGAAUAUGUGGUUGUAUUUGGAAAAUUAUGAAUAUUUGGUUGUAUUUGGAAAAUUACUCAAGAAUAUGCUGUAAAGAGCCAGAUGAAUUACUCAUAAAUGUGUAUAAUAACAAGGGGUGUAAUUGGGGAGCAAUAUUUGUGACCAUGGCCGUGCCAUUAUAUGUAAUGGAGGUCAUAUUUAGAUUGUUAUUCAUAUGUGAAGCUCAAAGUAAGUCAUAGUUUUUGAUAUUGUACAAAAAGGUUGAUUAUAUUUUCCCAAAUACAUUUUAAUUACUUUUCAAACUUCUCUAUAAAUAGAAUAAGCUGCAUUAAUUAUUGGAACAUAAUCAGUUAGAUUGAAGACAUGUUUACAAUUAGUUUGACAUGAAUGUAAUAUAAUUGUGUUUGUCUUUGAAAGUGAAUGAUGCACAUGGUUACAGGGUUGUCUCCAAUAAAAAUGAAAACUA